UAGAUAGUAAACUAGUCAGUAAGCUAGGGAGGUAGUGGGGAACCAAGGCUGUCUGCUGUGAAUCCAGAAAACAGCUGAUUCUCUCCAGUUGAAGAUAGUAGAUGUGAUGUAUCUAGUCAGGGCAAGUUGACCCCAUAUCUGUCUGUAAGAGGUUGACCCCAAACUGUAGAUUGAAAACCAGGAGAUGUCGCGAAAAGGACGCCCCAAGUCGGAGCUUGAAACUGAGGAAUGCAGUGUCAAAAUAGUGAUGGUGGGUGACAGUGGAGUUGGAAAAUCCUGCCUAUUAGACAAAUUCCUGGAUACGGGGAGUGAAAACAAUUUUAUUUCCACAAUAGGAGUUGAUAUUCGGUCCAGACAUGUUAGAAUAGGACAGAGAACAGUACGUAUACAGGUAAACAGCAUAUUCAGGUCCAGACAUGUCAGAAUAGGACAGAGAACAGUACGUAUGCAGGUAAACAGCAUAUUCAGGUCCAGACAUGUCAGAAUAGGACAGAGAACAGUACGUAUGCAGGUAAACAGCAUAUUCAGGUCCAGACAUGUCAGAAUAGGACAGAGAACAGUACGUAUGCAGGUAAACAGCAUAUUCAGGUCCAGACAUGUCAGAAUAGGACAGAGAACAGUACGUAUGCAGGUAAACAGCAUAUUCAGGUCCAGACAUGUCAGAAUAGGACAGAGAACAGUACGUAUGCAGGUAAACAGCAUAUUCAGGUCCAGACAUGUCAGAAUAGGACAGAGAACAGUACGUAUGCAGGUAAACAGCAUAUUCAGGUCCAGACAUGUCAGAAUAGGACAGAGAACAGUACGUAUGCAGGUAAACAGCAUAUUCAGGUCCAGACAUGUCAGAAUAGGACAGAGAACAGUACGUAUGCAGGUAAACAGCAUAUUCAGGUCCAGACAUGUCAGAAUAGGACAGAGAACAGUACGUAUGCAGGUAAACAGCAUAUUCAGGUCCAGACAUGUCAGAAUAGGACAGAGAACAGUACGUAUGCAGGUAAACAGCAUAUUCAGGUCCAGACAUGUCAGAAUAGGACAGAGAACAGUACGUAUGCAGGUAAACAGCAUAUUCAGGUCCAGACAUGUCAGAAUAGGACAGAGAACAGUACGUAUGCAGGUAAACAGCAUAUUCAGGUCCAGACAUGUCAGAAUAGGACAGAGAACAGUACGUAUGCAGCUAGCUGUUAUCGUGGUGCUGUAG